UCAGGAUCCAACAAGGCCCGCCUGAAUCCUGAUCUGUUUACUUCCGGCGAAGGUUAACGUGUAAAACCUCCGCGAAAUUUCUUCAUUCCGGGGGGAGUUGUUCAAUGUUCGAUUCGAACAUUGAAUUCUUCAAUUCAUUUCAUUUUUACGCAGGAACUGACUCGAGUUUUUCGAUUCUGAUCAUUCUUGAACUCUCUACUCACUGAUUUCUUGUUUUUUUUUUUUUUUUUUUUUUUUUUUUUUUUUUUUUUUUUUUUUNUCUAUGGCGACGAGGAAUCGAACUGCACAGUUUAGAAGGCACAGGGACGCCGUGAAGAGCGUCCGUGCGCCUUUAUCUUCCUCGGCAGCUGGUUCGAGCGGACCGGUUAUUGAGAUGGUGAGUUCGUCUCUUCUUCGUUCAAAGCGCUCUUCAGAUUACGCUCCUCUUAGCACAGAAGAUCCAGGACCUUCGAGUGAUGCAUUGAUGGUGGGUCUGCCUCCAGCUUGGGUGGAUGAUUCUGAAGAAAUAACUGUUAAUAUACACCAAAUUCGUAGGAAGAUGGCAGAGUUAGUCAAAGCUCAUUCUAAAGCUUUAAUGCCUUCUUUUGCUGAUGGCAAAGAAGAUCAGAAUACGAUUGAGGCGCUUACGCAAGAAAUUACCAAUCUUUUGAAAGCCUCUGAGAAGAGGUUGAAGAAAAUUUCUAGUACUGGGUCUUCAGAGGAUAUUAGCAUCAGAAAAAAUGUACAGCGUUCUCUUGCUACAGAGCUUCAGAAUCUUUCAAUGGAUCUUCGUAGAAGACAGUCAAUGUAUCUGAAACAUCUGCAGCAGCAAAAGGAGGGGCAUGAUGGAAUUGAUUUGGAGAUAAAUUUGAAUGGAAGCAGAACUCUACAGGAUGAUGACCGAUAUGAUGAAUUUGGAACCAAUGAACACCAAACGAUGACAUUUGGAAUGGAUGCGCAGCACAUUCAGGGAAGGGAGAAAGAGAUUAAACAGGUUGUGAAGUCAGUGAAUGAACUCGCCCAAAUCAUGAAGGAUCUCUCAACCCUUGUUAUAGACCAGGGUACCAUUGUCGAUAGAAUUGACCACAAUAUUCAGAAUGUUGCUGCUUCAGUUGAAGAGGGCUAUAAGCAGCUUCAAAAGGCAGAGAAGAGUCAGAAGAAUGGAGGAAUGGUGAAGUGUGCAACGGUGCUUGUUAUUAUGUGUUUCAUAAUGCUGGUUCUGUUGAUACUGAAGGAGAUAAUUAUGUAACAAAUGUUGCCCUUUGGCUUGUUGCUGAUAAGGAUUUUGACAACUGCAUGCGGCUGGUAAGCUCUAAGCAGGUGCCGUUCCUUUCGUGUAUUAUUCUCAGAGUCUCGAAUGUGUCAUUGUUGAAAUGAUAGAAUAUCUCAAUUAGUUGAGUGUUUUGUUGAGAA